CCCUCCCACUUCCAUUAACCACCGCUUACCUUAACAAAGCUCCACCCCCCACCCCUCGCUGCGGCGAGGACAGGGCCAUCCCGCUCCCCCCUUCCCCCAUUCAAACCAAAACCAUUUCAUCAAUAAUCUUCUUCAUCUCAUCCAUCUCAUUUUCUCUUCCAUGAGGAUGCUCUGUCCCAAUGUCGACCAUGAAAAUGGACUCGACACGGUUCUGGAGGUCCCAAUCCCUGAAGAAAUGUUCACCAAUAUGGGCACCAAUGCCGCCCUCCGUUGGCGGAAUCUCCGCGCCUUAAUGAAGGCUCAAUCCGCCGCGAAUACUAACGUCAACAAUGGUAAAUCCUCCUCCCAUCUCUCCGCCGCUUCCAACAACGAGUUCAUGGCUCUCCUCAAGCUCGUCGGCACUCCUUUAAUUCCAUUCCAGGUCCAUCUCGAUCUCACCUUCAACUUCUCUAUCAGAGACUAUUCCAUUGAGGCGUCCACAGCCAAGUAUAUUGUGCAUCAGUAUGUGGCGGCGGCGGGUGGACAGGCGGCAUUGAACUCGGUGAACAGUAUGUACGCGGUGGGACAGGUGAAGAUGUUGGGAUCGGCGAUGCAGCAAGGGGAAGACAGUGUUCAGAUGAAGGGGAAAUGUGAGGUCGGUGGAUUUGUGCUUUGGCAGAAGAAUCCGGACCUCUGGUAUCUCGAACUUGUGGUGUCUGGUUACAAGAUCAGCGCCGGAAGCGACGGCAAGGUCGCUUGGAACCAGUCUUCUUCUCAGCCCAGCCAUGCCAAUAAAGGUCCUCCCAGACCUCUCCGCCGCUUCUUUCAGGGAUUAGAUCCACGGCACACUGCGAAUCUGUUCGAAUGCGCCGUAUGCAUUGGAGAGAGAACCGUAAACCAAGAAGAUUGUUUCAUUCUAAAGCUGGAGACGGCAUCAGAGUUGUUAAGAUCACAGAGCACGUCGCACGUGGAGAUUGUUCACCACACGAUUUGGGGCUACUUCAGCCAAAGAACGGGUCUCCUCAUCCAAUUCGAGGACACCAAGCUAAUCAAAAUGAAAGCCGGCAAACGAAACGAAGUUUUCUGGGAGACCAGCAUUGCUUCCACCAUUGAGGAUUACCAGUACGUCGACAACAUCAACAUCGCUCACAGCGGCCGGACGACGGCCAGGUUGCACCGGUACGGCGAGACACUCAACCACCGGAGGAAAAUAGAGGAGAAUUGGAGAAUUGAAGAGGUUGAUUUUAACAUUUGUGGGUUGUCGAUGGAUUCCUUUUUGCCUCCGGCGGAAAUGAAGAGGGACCCAUCCAACACCGGUGAACGCGAGGCGGGAGAGAACUAACUCUUGCUAGAUUUAGUUUUUUUCUUCUUUUUUUUCUUUUUUUUCUUUAAAAACUCCAGACACUACCGAAUUUCAAUUACAUGUAAAUAUAGGAGGAUUUGACACUUUUACCCUUUAUUUUCUAGAUUCAUAA